GCUGAAACAGUCCAGUCCUUGAUUAAAAAGUAAACAUGUACCGUAUUUUCUCUAAUUGAGCGGCCGGCCGCUCUAUUUUUCAAUCUUGUCUCAAAGGGCCGCUCUAAUGGAGACGGCCGUUCAACUGAAGACUGUCGCUCAAUUAGAGCAAAUACGGCAUUUUAAUAUUAAAAAUUAUUAUUUUUAGAUGGCAGCAGAUAAUAAAAUAACUCCUCGUGAUACAACUAUGACAUUUACUUGUUUUGUUCUUUUUGAUAUGUGGAAUGCUUUGAGUUGUCGAAGUAGUCGAAAAAUGAUAUGGGAAAUUGGACUUUUUGGAAAUCGAAUGUUUUGCCUUGCAUUAGUUGGCUCUCUUUUAUGUCAAUUGGCGGUUAUUUACUUUAAACCUUUGCAACAUAUUUUUCAAACAGAAGCACUCACUAUUUUUGGUAUUUUAUAUUAA